CACUAGCAUGCGCACUGCAGCCUCCUCUUGUCAAUUCACUCGUUCGGGCUCAGUCCAAGCAGCAGCACUGCUAGUGACUCUAACCUCUCCAGUUCCUGUUUCCGCCUCUCGGCUUACAACAUCUUUUAUGAAAUAAUUACCCAAAACUCCAACCGAAUACUCCUGCAUUCAAAGGGGCAUACCAAGAGUUUGAAGUCCUGUAUUUGAGGAGUGGCUGUUUUAACUGCGGCCAUUUGGAUUUUGAAAGUUACAGAACAACACGUGAAAGAACACAUCCACCGUAUACAAGACAACUUGAACCUUGAAAAGAAUAAACACGCAAGUUUGACAGGGUUACGGACAGAGGUAAAAAGAGAAGGGGAGAGAGGAGGAAGAGAGAAUUGUGGAAACACAGACAAGAAUCCUGGAAUAAGUGAACGUCCUGCUUCUUCUCGGGAGUAGAAAAUUCAAAUUGUGGCAGGAGCGGAAAGGAGCUUGAAAGAGUUACGGGCUUCGAGACUAUGUGGUGAGGAGGGACGGGUGGAAGGAAGGCAGGCAGGCAGACUGCGAGGUCCCCUCACUCACACUCGGAGCACUUAAAGAUGCGCGGUGUCCCGCUGUGAAGGCAUCAUUGGGAGCUUUGUGAAUAAACUAAGGGACUUGAAGAUGCGGCCAUGGACCGGCUCCUGGCGAUGGAUUAUGCUCAUCCUCCUGGCCUGGGGCACUCUGCUCUUCUACAUCGGCGGACACCUGGUCAGAGACAAUGACCACCCUGACCGCUCCAGCCGAGAGCUCUCCAAAAUCCUGGCCAAGCUGGAGCGCUUAAAACAGCAGAACGAGGACCUGCGGAGGAUGGCCGAGUCUUUAAGAAUCCCUGAAGGGCCCAUUGAUCAGGGCACUGCCUCGGCAGGAAGAGUGCGGGCUUUGGAAGAGCAGCUCAUCAAGGCCAAAGAGCAGAUCGAGAACUUCAGGAAGCAGGCUGGAGACGGUCCUGGAAAAAAUCAAGAGAUUUUACGGCGCAGAAUUGCCAACGGCGUCAAGGAGCUGUGGUAUUUCAUCCGUAGUGAAUUAAAGAAAGUCACACAGAUGGAAGGAAGUGAUCUACAGAAAUAUACAGCUGGGUUAUUGGAAGAUCUUGGACACCAGCAAAGGUCAAUCAUGACUGAUCUGCACUACCUCAGUCAAACAGACGGGGCUGGUGACUGGAGAGAGAAGGAAGCCAGGGACCUGUCCAACCUGGUUCAGAACAGAAUAACAUACCUUCAGAACCCCAAGGACUGCAGCAAGGCCAGGAAGCUGGUUUGCAACAUCAACAAGGGCUGCGGUUACGGCUGUCAGCUCCAUCACGUUGUCUACUGCUUCAUGAUCGCCUACGGCACCCAGCGCACCCUCAUCCUGGAGUCCCAAAACUGGCGCUAUGCCACGAGCGGCUGGGAGUCUGUCUUCAAAGCCGUCAGCGAGUCAUGCACUGACAGAUCGGGAACCUCCACAGGCCACUGGUCAGGUGAAGCCAAUGACAGGGAUGUACAGGUCGUAGAGCUGCCCAUCGUGGACAGCCUGCACCCUCGCCCCCCCUACCUGCCGCUAGCUAUCCCAGAAGACCUUGCUGACCGGCUGGACCGUCUCCAUGGUGACCCGUCUGUGUGGUGGGUCUCACAGUUCGUCAAGUACCUGAUUCGACCGCAGCCCUGGCUAGAGAAGGAGAUUGAUGAAGCCACCAGGAAAAUGGGCUUUAAGCACCCAAUAAUAGGGGUUCACGUCCGAAGGACUGACAAGGUGGGAACGGAAGCUGCCUUCCACCCCAUUGAAGAGUAUAUGGUGCAGGUAGAGGAGCACUUCCAGAUGCUCGGCCGGAGGAUGCACAUCGACAAGAAGAGAGUGUACCUGGCCACAGACGACCCCUCCCUGCUACAGGAAGCAAAAACAAAGUAUAAAGAUUACGAGUUUAUAAGCGACAACUCCAUAUCGUGGUCUGCUGGUCUGCACAAUCGAUACACCGAGAACUCCCUGCGAGGUGUCAUUCUGGACAUUCACUUCUUAUCCCAGACAGACUUUCUGGUGUGCACCUUCUCCUCACAGGUCUGUCGAGUCGCCUACGAGAUCAUGCAGACCCUGCACCCUGAUGCUUCCUCGCACUUCCACUCGCUGGACGACAUCUACUACUUCGGGGGCCAGAACGCUCACAACCAGAUAGCCAUCUACCCACAUCAACCCCGGACUGGAGAGGAGAUACUGCUGGAGCCCGGAGAUGUGAUCGGGGUGGCCGGCAACCACUGGGACGGCUACUCCAAAGGGAUGAACCGCAAAAUGGGAAGAACGGGGCUUUACCCCUCCUACAAAGUGAAGGAGAAGAUAGAGACUGUGAAAUACCCAACCUAUCCUGAGGCUGAUAAGCAGCUACCACAGUAGCCAAGAAAGAGACUGUGGUAACACAGCGGUAAUGGCAACUGGUUGGUACUUUAUCCUUUAAGCACCCAUUUAAAGUGGCAUGGGCGGACUUCUUUUGGUUGUAACAUGUGAUGCAAAAAAAUAACACAAGGGAUUGCAAAUAAUAUUCUUUUUAAACAUUUUGAACGGACUAUUGUAGCCAGGACUAAGACUGGAGAUGGACAAAUGGUUAUGUUUUGUUUUUUUAUGGAUAUCCUUACCUACCUACCCCUACCCAUCCUUCCGCUUCUUUAUCAACGAAUGUACCCUUCUAAAAACCCACCUACCAUGUCUUUUUACUGUUUAGACUGUUGCAUUCAUCAUGUCUGCUAUUUUUUAUUCUCCUCAGACCUUCGUCAGACUGCCAUUUUGUGCUUUUAAUGUGUAAUUAGGAACGGUUUUAUUUGUCGUGUGUAUGUGUGUGUUCCUGAACUUGGUGCCUGGAAAAAAACUAAAUGGCUUUUUAUUAAUUAUUAUUAUUAUUAUAGUAAUUAUUAUUAUUAUUGCUAAACCAUACUCUGCGUUAUUGCCGAGUCUAAAUUUGGACCUUGCCAGUACUGCUAGUGUUGGUUACAAUUGUGUCAACGGAAAGAUUCCAUAAAUUGUCUGUUUUGUUUUUUUUUUCUUUUUUCUUUUACCCUUCUUACAAGUUUUAAACACACACCUAAAUUAAAAAAAAAAUGUGUAGGUCAUAAAAAGAUUUACGUUAAUGGCCAUUGUCUUUGAUAACAAAAGAAGAAAUAAACCUGGAUAAACCAUUU